AUGUCUGUGUCGACGUCAACAACUAGUUACUCUAGUGAGAGCCAAUGGGACCCUGUUGCCAGUAACGUGAACCCACAAAACGAACCGAGAUUUCUGGUAGGACAAGCACAAUCGUAUAGACUCAACCCCGUGAACUGCAAUGGCGCUAGUGGAAUCUUUACGGCACCAAAACGACCUAAUGUCACCAAUGUUAACUGCAUCAACAGCCAAAAUCUAUACUGCAACCCUCCCAACUACAUGAAUCCAGGGGCACCCAAUGGAUUACUCAGCCAAGAAAUCAGAUUCCAGAGAACAUACAACAGUCUUCAUAAUCCGGUCAUGGCUCCUAAUCCACGUAUUGGACCCAUCGUCACAAGUGUAAAUACGUGGGGGAUUACCCCCACAGUGAGUGGAGAUAGAAUGAUCUCUCGACCAACUUGGAAUGUAAGCAAACCUGCAAGUGGUGGCGUAAAGAAGCCGAAACGAAUUCGCACAGCUUUUACUAGUCAACAGAUGAUGGAACUUGAAAAUGAAUACGCAAGAACACGGUAUCUUGACCGCAGUCGCCGAAUUGAACUCUCAGAAACACUCCACUUAAACGAGCGUACAAUCAAGAUUUGGUUUCAGAACCGACGAAUGAAAGAGAAAAAGGAUAGAGCGGAGAGUUUGGAAGACACUGAAGCUACAAGCACUACUGAGUCAUCCGUAGAUACCAAUGUCAAUGGGCCCGUUCAAAUGGUUAUGUAUGAACCUUUUCCUCAUAACAGUAUGCCCAAUAUGGAUCGUGGGGACUAUGUCGAACAUUUUCAGUCAGUAGUUGCUGCCCCCAUGCCGAUGCAAAAUGUAGGAGCCUCUAUAAUUCCAGGCUGUCAUGACGUUUACCCUGCAUUUGUGCUGGAGAAUACUUCGCAAUUACCUCAACAAUUACAGCAGAAUAGCGGUCCAUUACCAGUACAUUGCCAGCAAUUAAAAAACCAGUAUCCAAUUGAUAGUAAAAAUAUACUUCAUGAUUUCAAGGAGGAAAUCAUUGAAAAUACCUCAAACGUUUCAGAAAGCAGCACAAACGAUACAUCCAAACACGAAGAAGAACAAAAUUGGGACUUGUCUUGGAUUCGCAGUAUACACAUUGAAGAAGAACUUCAAGAACAAAAUUAA